GUCAAAGUCUGAAAGCGUUCCCUGGAUAUUGAUGGUCAGCGGGCACAGAUGCCCCUGGUCCAGUAUUGUUUGCACUAGCUGGACCCAUGUCUCAGCAAGCAAUGCCCCAGAGCGACGGCGCACUCACGAAGCGCUUCAGAUCUUCGCUUCGCGCAUCAAGCUUCACCCCCACAAUAUUGCGCAGCAUCCGGGCCAUCGAGUCCUCCCGGAACACGACGAUCUCCUGGUCGAAGAACUUGAUGCGGCACGGAUUGGUGCCGAAAUGUAUAUGUGGGACCCGUGAUUUCAAGCGCCCCACGACGCUAGAUAGCAGUGGUCGUCUCGGAAGACUGGCGUUCAGGGUGAUGUCCAAAGGACCAGGCACGAGCACAAAGUGUGUGGAUCGCAAUAUGGACGGCCGUGGAACUCGAGAGGAAUGUCCGUGUUGGGACGAGCCUUGAUAUCGUUGAACGUCUCGCCCUUGCCCGUGGCUUAUGGAUCGACUGGUGAAAUUACCGCACAGAACGAUGAGUUUGGGUAUAAAGUGGUUUUCCACACAAUUGUCCAACAUCUUUUGCAAGCCCGUGAACGUCCUAGGAUGGUCUAACCAAACAUCGGACAAGAAAAAGAAAUUGAGGUCCGGAAGCUCUUCGCGCACGCGAACAGAUAUCUGGUUCUUCAUAGGCAGGUCAGCGGUAACACAGGUCGAGUGUAGAAUGCCUACAGACAUCUUCCAGCAAAGAAGUAGCGCCUUUUCCGAGGAAAUCGAUGUGACCGUAGAUGGAUCUACAAAUUGUUAGCACAGUAAUGUAA